UUUAUACCUGGUCCCUCUACUGAUAGCUAAAAACAACAGACCCAUCUGAGACGCUCUAGCAGCGUAAAAGCAAUACAAAAUAAAAUUCAAUAAAUGUACGACGCUCUGGAACGAUGCCCGGGCGCCUACUGUGGACGUUCGCUGCUAGAGAAUGACACCUGGAGCAGCUGUGGUGUUUGUCCCCGUGGAUCGCGGGUUAACGAAAGUUUUGCUUGUUCGCCCUGCCGCGAUGAGUUGACCACUUACUCCUGGCUGUACUUGGGUUUCAUGACCAUGCUGCCCCUUAUGAUGCAUUGCUUCUUCAUUGACAUGGACGCGAAAGAUCGGAAAUUUUCCCGGAAGCAGCUCAUAUUAACAGCCAGCGCUUUCAUUGAGGUGGCCUUGUCCGCAAUUCUUGCGACUUUGUUCAUGGAGCCCAUGUGGGAGCUCCGGUUGUACGCCUGUGAGGUGCGCAAGCUCACCGACUGGUAUACGUUGUUCUAUAAUCCCAGUCCCAACUACGAAACAAGAGUCUACUGCACACAGGAAGCAGUUUAUCCACUACAAACCAUUGUGUUGGUAUUCUAUUUUCUGUGCCUGGUGAACAUGUUUCUCAUUCGCCCCGUGAUCAGCAAGUUGACGGAUGUGGGCGGUAAAAGCAAGGCACCUAUCUACUCCGCUCUCUAUUUUUUACCGCUGCUAACUUUUAUCCAUGCCAUAGGCUGCGGUUUAAUUUAUUACACCUUUCCAUACCUAAGCGUGGCCAUUUCUAUGGUGGCCAAUGCCAUUCACUAUUCUCUCAAGCUUGACCAAACCUUAAAGGCUCUUGUCUGCUCAUCUGUAUGGGAGCUGAAGAAUGUUGUAAUCAUAUCUGUUCAUUGGCUGCUGUUGGCGUAUGGCAUCGCUUCGCUAAACUAUCAUUAUGCAUUUCUGUGUCUGGUGCCCUUCCCAACGCUCUUCUACAUACUUACUGUCCGCUUCACAGAUCCAGUAGAGUUCCGGGAACUGGAGAGGAGUUGAUGCGGCGACGUUCAAAUGCAGAUCUUCCAUGCCCGGGGCACUAGGCGAUCGACUGUUGUUAUCUAUGUGUAGUGUACACGUCAUUUAAUUUAUUAAUACUUCGUGCGUAGCUGAUAUGCCGGCCUGAUCCGAUUUUCAACAUGCAUUAUUAAAACAUUAAAAAUAUGUAAUUUGUCAUUAACGUCCAUAUAAAUACCAAAAAAAUUUAACCAAUUAUGUUAAAAAUCGGAACAAAGCUAAUCAAAAGUAGCCGUUUACAUAAAAAAACUUUACCCAUUCA